AUGCCGCUGAAACAACUGCACAGCUGGCUGAAAGCUGGGCUCCUUGGGCUCCUGCUUCUCCUCCUCCAUGUGCAGGGUCAGGACUCAUCAGAGGCCAGCCCCAUCAGAAACACACACCUAGGCCAAGUCCAGGGCAGCCUCAUCCAAGUAAAGGACAACAACAUUGGUGUCCACACCUUUCUGGGAAUUCCUUUUGCCAAGCCACCUGUAGGACCACUGCGCUUUGCACCACCUGAGGCCCCUGAACCGUGGAGUGGUGUGAGGGAUGGGACCUCACACCCAGCCCUAUGUCUGCAAAAUAUCGUGAUGACUAUGAAGAUCAUGGAGAAAAUGAAUAUGACCGUGCCUCCCAUCUCUGUAUCUGAGGACUGCCUGUAUCUCAACAUCUAUGCACCAGCUUAUGCCCAUGAGGGCACUAACCUGCCUGUGAUGGUAUGGAUCCAUGGUGGCGCACUGGUUACAGGAGGGGCUUCCAUGUUUGAUGGAUCCCUAUUGACAGCUACUCAGGAUGUGGUGGUGGUCACUAUCCAGUACCGUCUGGGUGUCCCAGGCUUCUUCAGCACUGGAGACCAGCACGCCAGAGGCAACUGGGGCUACCUGGACCAAGUGGCUGCCCUUCGCUGGGUCCAGCAGAACAUCGCCAACUUUGGAGGCAACCCUGAUCAGGUCACAAUUUUUGGCGAGUCAGCAGGUGGCACAAGUGUGUCUUCACAUGUUGUGUCCCCCAUGUCCCAAGGACUCUUCCACAGAGCCAUCAUGGAGAGUGGGGUUGCUGUGCUACCUGACCUUAUCUCUGACAGCUCUGAGAUGGUCUCCACUACGGUGGCCAAACUAUCUGGAUGUGAGGCCAUGGACUCAGAGGCCCUGGUGCGCUGCCUGAGAGGCAAGAGUGAAGCAGAGAUUCUGGACAUUAACAAGGACUUCAAGGUAAUUCCUGCUGUGGUGGAUGGAGUGUUCCUACCCAGGCAUCCUCAAGAGUUAUUGGCUUCCGUGGAUUUUCACCCUGUCCCCAGCAUCAUUGGUGUCAACAAUGAUGAGUAUGGUUGGGACCUUCCCAUGUACUUGGGCUCUGCUCAGACAAUAAUGGAAAUAACCAGAGAGAACCUGAAUGCUGUUCUGAAGAAUGCAGCAGCACAAAUGAUGCUGCCUCCUGAGUGCAGUGACUUGCUAAUGGAUGAGUACAUGGGAGACACUGAGGACCCCCAGACCCUCCAAAUUCAGUAUACAGAGAUGAUGGGGGACUUCCUGUUUGUGAUCCCUGCACUCCAAGUAGCACAUUUUCAGCGUCCCCAUGCUCCUGUCUAUUUCUAUGAGUUCAAACAUCAAUCCAGCUUUCUCAAGAAUACCAGGCCACACUAUGUGAAGGCUGACCAUGGGGAUGAAGUUCCUUUUGUCUUUGGAUCCUGGCGCUUUGGCAUGGAACUUAACUUCACUGAGGAGGACGAGCUGCUGAACAGGAGGAUGAUGAAGUACUGGGCCAACUUCGCACGAUAUGGGAACCCCAACAGCCAGGGUCUACCCUACUGGCCUAUGUUGGACCAUGAGGAGCAGUACCUACAGCUGGACAUCCAGCUUGCUGUGGGCCGAGCCCUGAAGGCCAGAAGGUUGCAGUUCUGGACCAAGACUCUGCCCCAGAAGAUCCAGGAGCUAAAGGGGGCUCAGGACAAGCAUGCAUGGUAGUGGUCUGUGUUAGGAAAGGUGUGUGGGUUCAGAGCAAAUAGGGGCCAUUCUAAAGUUACAAAAUCCAUUUAUUCAUUUUUGUUUGUUCCAUCACUCACAUAAGCAUCCCUAACCUCUCCAUUUGUCCUUUCAGACAUGUAUUUCAAACCCUG